AUGGCAACUGCAACUCGUCAGUAUGGUCGUCGCGGAGCAAGUAAUGCGAAUACGACGAAACCAGCUAGUUCUGACUCAGGUGUCCCAUUAUCUCCAUCAUCUACGACAGCUUCAAUAUCGACACCACCUCGUCGAUACGUUCUUGAUGUGCCAACAAGUCGUACAACACGUACAAGUCAUACAUCAGCAACUGAAGUAGCGGAUGAAUACGACGAAACAAAUGCACGGCGUGUAGGUGGUGAUAGUACAAUAGCUUAUUCUGAUGUUUUUACAACUGAUGCUUAUAAUAAUGAUGCAGAUCAAUUAUCACGCUCAGGUUCUAGAGAAUAUUAUUAUCGAGAUGGUGGAAUUGAAUUAUCAACAUCGGCAACAAAUCGUUAUUUAGAAGAUUCAACUGUUAAACAAUUAAUUCAAUCCAAUACAACAUAUUCAAAUACAGUAGCUGAAGAUCAAGAAGUUCAAGCAUUAACAGCAAAAGCUACACCGGAUGUGAAAAACUAUCCAAUUAAUGUUGAUCCUAAUCCAGAAUUAGUUGUUCGACCAAAUACACAAAGAUUAACAUAUAAACAAGAUAUUGCUGUUAGAUAUUUAAAACCAAAUACCCCACCACCACCAGGUCCUAUUAUUAUUCGUGAAAUUCGUGCACCACCUCCACCACCUGCUCCACCAAUAAUUCUUCGUCAACGUCCUCCACCACCACGUACACCUUCACCGAUUAUUAUUCGUGAGAAACCACCUGCACGUCCAAAAUCAGUACCAACAACUGUUAUUAAAAAGGUCAUUCCACCACCUCCACCACCACCUCGUAAAUUAAUUAUUGAACGUUUACCAAAUCUUCCACCCAAACCACGACCAGUUAUUAUUGAACGUUGGCUUCCAUAUCAUAAACAAAAACGUCAAGUUAUUCAUGAAAAAGCUAAACCAUUAGAACCGACGGCUCGUAUAAAAAAUACCAUUAUUGAAUGGCGUCCGCCAGAAGUUGAAGUUGUAAAAUAUGUGAAAAAAUUAGGAGUAGCAGAAGCUGAUCCACAACGAUAUUAUACACAACAUGGAGAUAAAUUAUAUGCAACAGAAUUUGUUCAACGUAAAUUAACUGAAUUAGGUUUACAAGAAGAAUUAGCUUUAAUGCAAGAACAACAAUUAUCUGCAUCAAAAGAAGAAACUGCCAUAGAACAAGCAGAUGAAUACAAUGUUCGACAAAUUCUUAAUAGUUAUAAUCAUUUAUCAUCUUCACGACAAAACUAUAGUGGAAGUACAAUAGCACGUCUUGUUCGAUCAUCAUCUCAAUCAGGUAUUGUUGAUGAAUAUGGUGAUCAACAACAAAUGCGUUAUGAAUAUGCAUCGGAUAAUUCUGGACCAGCUACUUAUGAAACACAUAGUUAUACAGUGGAUGGUACUUCAUCAAAUAUUCCUAUUCUUACGGAAGAAUUACUUUUACGAUCACAUGCAAAUAAUGGUGGUAAAUUUCCAACACAUCUUUUAACAAAACUUGGUUCACAAGUAUAUGAAAUGCCACCUGAACAAGUCGAAUUAGAUAAUAAUGGAAGACGAAUAACAACAACAACAACAACACGUUAUUAUACAGUUAAACCAGGUGAAACUGGUUAUGAAUCACUUGUUGAUGAAACAUCACCACAUUAUACAGAUGAAAAAUAUGUUCAAAUAAAAGCAUCAGAUUUAAAAGAUGUUUUAUCUAAUUAUGAUGUUUAUUCAAGUAAAGGAGUAAAAUUAGAAGGUGAACAAUUAAAUUAUUAA